AAAUACGUUUGGCACUCCUCGGAGUUGUACAGUAAAGCAGGAAGUUUUUGAUGUUCUGACACGUGUGUUUCAAAACAGAGGGUUUAUUUUACAAUUUCAUUAUUUUUUAUAGGAAAAUGGAGGCUAAAAACAUCGUCAAAGUUGGUUCUCGUAAAAGUCAGCUUGCUCUGAUACAGACAAACAGUAUUAUUAACCACCUGAAGAAACUCAAUCCACACCUCACAUUUGAGAUAAUUUCUAUGCAGACCACAGGGGAUAAAGUUUUGGAUGCCGCUUUAUCUAAGAUCGGAGAGAAGAACCUGUUCACAAGAGAAUUGGAGGUGGCUUUGGAGAAGAAAGAAGUGGAUUUUGUAGUUCACUCCCUAAAGGAUCUGCCCACAUUAUUACCAGAGGGCCUCCUUAUAGGAUGUGUCUACAAGAGAGACAGCCCUUUUGAUGCAGUGGUAAUGCAUCCAUCUAAUGCUGGCAAGAAGCUGGAAGACCUCCCAGCGGGAAGUGUAAUUGGAACAAGUUCUCUACGAAGAGCUGCACAGUUGUCCAGAAAGUUUCCAGACUUUCAAUUUGAAAAUAUCAGAGGAAACCUGAACACUCGCUUCAGGAAGUUGGACGAGGAUAAUAAAUAUUCCGCCAUCAUUCUGGCAGAGGCUGGACUUCACAGAAUGGGCUGGCAGGAUAGAAUCUCUCAGGUGCUUGACAAGGACACCUGUAUGUAUGCUGUUUCCCAAGGUGCCAUGGCUGUAGAGUGUAGAGCUAAUGACCCCUUCACUCUGGGUCUCCUCUCCCAAAUCCAUGACCCAGAGACUGUGAUCCAGUGUGUGGCUGAAAGAGCAUUCCUUAAAAAACUGGAGGGAGGCUGCAGUGUUCCAGUGUCAGCCUACACUGAAGUCAAAGAUGGAAAGUUAUCUCUGACUGGUGGGGUAUUCAGUAUUGAUGGUACCCAAGGCAGGAUAGAGUCUGUGUGUAAAGACCUCCCAAAGUCCAUUGAAGAAAAAGAAAAGAUCAACAUCUCUCCAAAUGGACCUAGGCAAUUUGCAGGCAUUGUUGGAAAUGAGAAAGUUUCUAUAGAAACAUUAGAAGUUGCCCAAGAAGUAGGGGAGGAGAUUGCAGAGCUCAUGUUGAAUUCAGAGGCCAAAGACAUUCUCGCCAAUGCUAAGGCAGAAACAAAGGCUGCCAUCAUCGCAGAGAAACAAAGAAAAGAAGCAGAGAAAAAGAAGAACGAGGCAGAAAAGAUUCAAACUAAUGGACAUGCAAAUCUAGUAACAGCUAAUGGGCAUUAAAAUCUGGUUCUAUGUCAUGUUUUACUGGGAAUGCAUACUACCCUUAGGGUACAUUCUGAAAAGAAUGUUAUCAACUUGAAUGUCAAUUAAUGGCUAAGUCUUAUAGCUUUUAAGCUCAAGUCUUUAUAAAGAAUUGAUUGUAAUAAAAAAUGCUGAACAGUGUUAGCCAUAAAUUGUCGGGAUUUAUUUGCAGUUUUCUCCACUUUGAGAUCCUGCAAAAGUUCUUGAAAAUAUAUUAUUAAGAUUUAAGAUUAAAUAUCCAUAUUUUUAUUUGUAGUGUUUACAAUUGACAUUUUUUUUUUGUUUUUGAAAGGUUAAGAGAGAGAGAGAGAGAUUUUUUUCUUUGACGUAAGUUAGACCAUAGUAAUUAGGAAUAUAGGCUAUAUUUAUCUGUAUACAAGCAAAAUUGACAGAGAAUGUUGUUAUGUUUUAAAAAGUUUUAUUUAUUAUGAUGUGCUGUAGAAUAAAUAAGAAUGACGUGAAAGGGAGAAAACAAAGUUAUCUUUUUGCUGAAAAAUAAUUUUUAUUAGGAGUUAUCUUUUUCCCUUUAAUGUACUGUAUAGAAUUAAAUGUAUAAUUUUUUAUUUUGGAUAUCUUCUCAAAACUCCAUAUUUG